GGAUUACCAACCAUCGAUAUCGCACCUUUCUCUCUUCUCCUCAAAUUUUUGAGGCAGAAAAGGGCAAGGUAAUCAAGAACAGCUAUUCGGCUUGGUUUUCUCCCUUUCAAAAAAUGGUCGCCACUAACGGCGCCGUUGCUGCUUGCAAUCCAGACCCCAUUCGGGUGGUAGAUUCAAAGAAAGUAUGGACGACUCUAAUCACGAAUACGGCAUACCUCUCUGGUCUACUGGCGCUUGAUUAUUCGUUAAAGAAGCACAAGUCGGCCUACCCGCUCGUCGCACUCUAUACGGAUUCUUUCCCACCAGAGGGACAUGCAGCGCUCGACGCGCGGGGAAUCGCAAAGAAGAGGGUCAGCUACCUAUUGCCCUCGGUUCACAAGGACUAUAGCAACGACACGCGUUUCUACGAUUGUUGGAGCAAGUUGACGCCGUUCUCUCUGGUUGAGUAUGAUCGCGUCGUUCAACUGGACAGCGACAUGAUUGUGCUGCAAAACAUGGACGAACUCAUGGAGAUGGAGCUUGAUCCGCCGGAGCUGGGAGGUAAAGGGGACAAGGUCUUUGCAGCAGGCCAUGCCUGUGUUUGCAACCCUCUUUCAAAGCCGCAUUAUCCCAAAAACUGGAUCCCGAAAAACUGCGCCUACACGUCGCAACAUUCAACACCCGAUGCUGCACAAAAGGAAGGCGCGCCGCCCACCAUUGGCCUAGGCAUGCCCAAUGGCGGCCUGCAAGUGGUGAACCCUUCUGCCGACAUCUACGACCGCAUCCUCCAGAAAUUAGUGACACCAGCCUCGGUCGAGACCUACGAAUUUGCUGAUCAGUCAUUAUUGUCGGACCUCUUUCCUGGCCGUUGGGUGGCAUUACCCUAUAUUUACAAUGCGCUCAAGACCAUUCGAUGGGAUCGCGUGCACGCGCCGAUAUGGAGAGAUGAGAAGGUCAAGAAUCUGCACUUGCUGCUCAAUCCCAAACCCUGGGACGAAGUUCCCGGCCAAGAAUCAGAUGAGACGCAUAAGUGGUGGUGGAAGAUCAAUUUGGAAAGACUCGAGCAUGAAAAGGCUCAGGGCAUCAACGACGGCUUCUAAAAGUAAAGUAAAGGCAUUUGCGCGUAGAUUUUCUAUGUACGAUAUCCCAAUGUGUUCCGAGCUGUACGUUUUCACGCAGUUAGCGCUCCUGUCAACAAAAGUUAUCGUGGCCAGCUUGGCCAAAAUCAAACUUUCUUCACAUCCAGCACGUAGCCUACCUUGUGAAGCCAGCAAAUGCAGGACUUUUUUUCUUCAUAUUUCUUGCGGACACCAACCGGAUAUCUCAAAAGAGCCAAAGAGCCUUCCCCUAGCUUCUAAACCCUCCUCGAUCC